CACAAAUAAGCCAGUAGUUAUCAAAGUAAUUGUUACCUUUGCUACCUUUGCUGCUGUUGCUGUUGCUGUUGUUAGCUGUUAUUGUUUAAAUAUUUUUUGUCUUCAGACCCAGUCAAUCUGAGACAAAAACCCUACCCGUGCGUUGCCAGCCCGGUGGGUCGGUACUCAAAGCGGAAGUAGAAGCAGAAGCAGCAGAAGGAACAGAAGGAACAAAAGCAGGCUUUCGUGUAUAAAACAACCACAAACACAUCUGUACAAUUUUCCUUGUUCAAAUGUCUUUUGUUUAGUUUUUUUGGGCAUUUAUAAUGCCUUUCUUCUGCUUCUCUUUCUCCUGCUUCUCUUUAUCAACAAGACUCAAGAUUAAUACCAUAAUUUGUUUUCAAACUGUUUUUAAUCUUAGAAAUAACAAUUGCUCAGUAUCAGCUUAUUUGAUUUACCUGAUAAUUAACUAAUUAGCUAUUAAAACGAGAAAGAAAGAAAGAAAAAUGUCGAUUCUUGAAGCUCCAUGUGUUUCUGCUUCCAGUGCUAUAACUACCAUUUCAACUUAUUGUUUUGAACAUUUAGGUUUAAAAUCUCCAGGAAAUUUGCGAUUCAAUAAUUCUAAUGUUAUUCCCUUAACUACAGCUCCAACAGUUUAUUAUGUUCGUCGUGAUAGAAAAAACAGACAUCGAAGUGUGAAUGUAUUUGAUUCAUUGGGUAAUAAAAUUUAUGUGUUUGAAAGAGGUAGUCCAUUGAAUCCUGUUUGGGCCUUGAGAAAACUACCAAGCAGACAAGAAGUUGCCACAGUCAAAGCAGGGUUUUUCUCAACCACAACAGAUUUUCAUAAUCAAGCUAAUUUGCAGCAUAGAGAUGUUAAAAGUGGUUGGUCACUAAGCAGUGGUACUCAUAAAUCGUUUUAUCUUAAUGACGGAUAUGAGUAUCAAUGGAACAAUGGUACAAAAUUUUUAGAAAAGAUAUCAAGUAAAGAUGCGGGUGAUGAAGAAGUCAGAGAAAGAAUUGCAAAAGCAAGAUUAAUGAGACAAUUUAAAUUUGAUUUUGAAUUAAUAUUUGAUAGUGAGAAAAUCAAUCCUGAAGUAGUUUUGUCGACUUCUUUUAUUUCAAUGUUGACUCAAUGGGGUGUUGGUGAAAAUACUGAAACAAGAGGUCCAACCUAUGUUCCACCCGACAAUUGAUCUCAAUCGUUAUCAUAUUUAAAUUUCUUCCAGAUCUUGAUCUGAUCUGAUCUGAUCCUUUGCUCAAACAGUUUUUAUAUCCUUUUUUUAUCUUUUUCAAAUUUCUUUUAUAUAUAUU